UAAAGUUAUGAAUACCGUAAGAAGCAAAAUUCGAAGUCAUGUAGUUUUCAAUCCACUCGUUGUUGGCUAAUAAUAAAAUGAAUUGCUUGGAAAAUGAUUAACGUUGUCAAUUGCAUACUGUGAUCUAUUUUACUAAAGAGACUACCGCUAUGGCAGAACACGCAUAAAUAUAUUAAUUAAUUGUUGCUAUGUGCUACAACGAGAUGAUACUGACCAUUCGUGUUUUUACAUGUUGAGUUCGAAGUUGCCUCUGUCGGAUUUUUCUUUAGGGGACUCAAUGUGCUACAGAGUGGAUGGAGGAUGCAAAAAAGAGGGAAGAAGAGUGCAAUAAACAUAUUGGCUUAUUAGCUGUUGCAUUUAGGGAGGGAAGCUACUCAGACAUUCAAGUCAAGCCUGGCAAUGGACCUUCUAUACCCGCACACAGAUUUUUGUUGGCAACCACAUCUGAAGUUUUGAAAACCAUGCUAGCAUCAGAUCUGUGCAAAUCUGCACCAAUCGACUCCAUAUCUCUCCCUGAAUUCAAUCAUGAAGAGCUUGAGACAUUCUUGGAGUUCCUUUACUGUGGGAAAUUGGCCAAGGAAAAGUUUGACAUGCAUUUUCAGUCUCUAACACUUGCAGCUGAUAAGUAUGUAAUUCCACAUUUGCAAACAUAUUGUGAACAACAUAUCCUAAAAUUACUAGAUUCGUCAAACGCUCUCAAAAUUCUGGAGUUCUCAGAAAUUCUUUCGAAUGAAGUAUUAAAAGUUGCUUCCUUGAAGUCAAUACUCAGCCACACAAAAGAAAUAUAUUUCUCACCUGGUUUUGAAGAUUUUGCAAGACAGAACCCACAUUUGAUGGUACAAAUCGCCAGGGCCCAUAGCAGAAGGAAACGUAAUACAGGGCAAUUGCAGUACAAUGGGUGUUGAAGCUGAAGAUACGAAACUAUUUUGACACUAGGCAAU